AGCCAAAUGCUUACAAGGGCAACUUCGGCUUUACCAUUGAAGCCGAAACUCUGGCCGCUAACUUCAAGACACUGAAGGCAGUUAUCUCCAAAUAUCCGCUGUAUGCGUCCAGCAAAAUUUGCGGCCCUGAUGUUGCUAAUGUCGAAUUCACUGGCGAUUCAGUGGGCUAUUUAACACGGUUCCUCAAAGCUGGAGCAUAUGACGUCAUCGACGAGAUCUGUCUUCAUCACUACUACUUUGGAGGAAGUGGCGCAAAACUCGCGCAAUAUCUCAGCACUUCAACAAUGGAUAGCCUGAAGCUGUUGUACCAGGCAACCACACAGUUAACUAAUGCCACCCCUCGACCUAGGCCCGUCCAGCUGACGGAAACAGCCGCAAGCUAUGGAGGUGGUACCGGCGGCAUUUCUGAUGCUUACGCGGGUGGCUUCUUGUGGUUGGAUAAACUGGGACUGUCCGCCAAGAUGAAAGCUACAAGAAUAUAUCGCCAGGCAUUAAUAGGUGCAUCAUAUGGACUCGUGACUUCUUCAUUUGAUCCUAACCCUGACUACUACCUGUCUCUGCUCUUCAAAACGCUGGUGGAGGGACCUGUUUUUGACGUCACUGUGGGGACCAAGAACGACAAGCUGCGACUGUAUGCCAACUGUGCCAGUAACAGGAGAUACAGCCCAGGAGCUUUGGUCGUCUACUAUCUGAACGUGGCAGACACAGAUGCUGUCCUGUCCCUGUCCCAGUUUCCCGACGCUAACCUUGACCUCUACAUGCUAUCAGGUGGGGAUGAGGGACUGCUAUCCAGAUCCGUGAAAUUGAACGGCAACAAGCUAGUCCUGACCGGCAACGAGCUGCCCCCACUGACGGCCAAAGCCCACACAGGUGACGUCACUGUUGAAGCCCAGACGUUUGGCUUUAUAGUUGUCCCUACAGCCGGUGUAGAAUUCUGCGUGAACUACUUCGAUAAGCUGGAUUCCAGCAGCUAG